AUGGUUGGAAUAGGGGUUCCAGUUUGCGUGGAAUGUGGUACAAGAAGUAACCCUUGCCGGUGUAAGGUGGUGGGGCCUACACUCGGGUUCGUGGCGUUCGUGGCAGCGGCGGUGGUGGAGUGGCCGGUGGGGGCUCUGGUGUAUUGCUUUAAGCAUAUGAAGGGUCGCAAAAUCAUGGGUCAUCCUGCUACUGUUGUGUAUCCUAAAGUCACCAAUGCCAUCCCCAUCUAA